UACGAGCAAACGAUAGAGUGAGUAAGUCGUUUGGCAGGAAACAAAAAGUCGAUCAUGGCGGACGAAGCUAAGGCGGUCGUCGACCAGGCUCUGAAUGAAACUGCCCAAAAUGCCACUUCUACUCCUAAAGCAACUGCAGAAGGGAUGUUAACAGCGUACAUUAGUUUAACGGUUAUGGCGUUGUUACCGAUAUUCAUAGGAGCUUUCCGUUCUGUCAAACAUCAUCGCGAGCAGAAGGAAUCUGGAGAAAAACCAGAAACCAUGUCUCGAAAAGAUGCUGCUAUAUUUCCAAUUAUAGCUAGUGGUGCACUAUUUGGAUUUUAUUUAAUUUUUAAGAUAUUUUCCAAAGAGUAUAUAAAUCUUCUUUUGACUGGAUACUUUUUCUUCCUUGGUGUCUUAGCGUUAGCGCACAUAUUAAGUCCCAUUGUUAAUAAAUUGGUGCCGGAAAGCUUUCCAAAUGUUCCCUAUCACUUGAUAUUUACUAGGGGCACUGGAACUGAAAAAGAAAAUAUUAUUGAUUAUGAGUUUGAUCACAAGGACCUACUGUGCCUGUUUCUGUGCACAUUGACAGGGAUGUGGUAUCUAUGGAAAAAGCACUGGGUUGCAAACAAUCUCUUUGGACUGGCUUUUGCUGUCAAUGGCGUGGAACUGUUGCAUCUGAACAAUGUCGUCACCGGAUGCAUUCUGUUGGGUGGUCUCUUUGUGUAUGACAUAUUCUGGGUAUUUGGUACUAAUGUAAUGGUGACUGUUGCCAAAUCCUUUGAGGCUCCAAUUAAAUUGGUGUUUCCUCAAGACUUCUUACAGAAAGGUUUUGAUGGAACAAAUUAUGCCAUGCUGGGUCUGGGAGACGUCGUCAUUCCGGGAAUAUUUAUAGCCCUGUUGUUACGUUUUGAUCAGAGUCUAAAGAGAAAAAGAAAUUUGUAUUUUUAUACAAGUUUUGCUGCAUAUUUCAUAGGAUUAGUGACUACCAUACUGGUUAUGGCUUAUUUUAAACAUGCUCAGCCUGCUUUGCUUUAUUUGGUACCAGCAUGUAUUGGUGUUCCACUACUGGUGGCUUUGAUCAAUGGAGACAUUAAGGCAAUGUUUUUAUAUGAAGACCAUCCGGACGAGACAAAAACAAAUGCCACAACUCCCUCGAUACAAAACGAAACUCUGCAGGAAUCUAAGAAGGUCCAAUAAGACCGAUUUGUUAGCCGAAAUGCACUUCUUGUAAAAAAAAACCAACGAAGAAUUAAUCGGCUGCACCUAUGCGUUUUUCCAAAAAAAAAAAAAGUUGUAAAGUGAAACUGCAUCUUGCAUUUCACAAUUUCCAUCACCAUACACAAUUCUUCCAUAGUUUAACCUAUGUUUAUGAUAAAUCUUAUUAACAAACAACUAAAACAAAUAUCCUCUCAUUUAACUUUAUUAUUUAUAUAUUUAAAAAUUUGGAAUUCCUGUUUUUAGCGGACCAUUUUUUAAUUGUAAAUUAAUAUCCAUCGACCAUUUUAUUUGUGAGAAAACAUUCUCUUGUUCUGUUAUACGAAAAUGUUGUGUACACAUGAUUUUAUCUAGAUAAAAGGAAAACAUCUGGAGUUUCAAACUAGGAAACAAUUUGUUUUUUUGUUUUGUGUCAACCAUACCUGUUUAUUUUCACCAGUUAAGAAGCAGAUCAAAACUUUCUCAAAAUGUAAACGGAACUAUUCCAAUGAAGAUACUUUAGUCUUGUCUUGUGGAGAAAUUAUCCCACUUGUCGGAUCUCUCUACGUGUAUUGCCGUACUUAAGUAAUUUUUUAUACUUUGUUUUUGGAAGUUCUUAAGGGGUAAAAGAUUUUCUUGAUUAAAUGUUUUACUUUUUUCA